AUUAAAUGUGGAAAAUGCUGAUAAAAUAGGAAUUAAUGUCUAGUACUUAUAAUUUUGAUUCAAAGAAUCAUUCUCUGUGGAAAUCUCUUAAAAAUUAAAAUAACUGAUAUUCUAUAUAUACAGCAUUAAAUAAUCUUAAUUUGAAGGCUGAAUUUAUGUCAUCGACAAAAAAACAAAACAAAAACUAGGAAAGAAUUUUAUCCUAAAUUGGUAAUUAAUUGUCCAUAUUUGCUAUGAAAAUCACCCACAUAAGGUCUGUUCAAAACCUUCCUAAUAUAUCUAAACAGAAUUUCCAGAAUUAAAUCUUUUUCUGGCUAUAAAACGGCCCUCCCUCCUUACUCCCUAAAACCAUCAUGAACUCAGUGAUAAAAUCUCUCCAUUACAAAAUAUGAAUAUGGUCUCCCAAGUUCAUGCAGUAGUAUUACUGUUAUCUCUUUCCAUCAUCGUGUUUUCUCAAUCUUUUUUACCAGCAAAUGCAGCAAAGAACUUAGUUCCAGACGUCUGCAGGGAAACAAUAAGCUAUGACCGCUGCAUGCAUGCCUUACAGUCUGAUCCACGAGCCAAAACAGCAUCCAACUUCAUGGAUCUUGCGAAAAUUGCAUUGAAAUUGGGUCUGAACAAUGCAAUAAAUAGCAAAGCUUAUAUUGAUGGUUUGCUCGAGAAAAACCAUGCUGCACCCAUUAAGAAGUGCUCCUUUUGGUACGAAGCAGCGGUGGCAUCGUUCCGAAGUGCGCUAGCUGAGUUAGAGGAGGAUGCUAUGACCGCGAAUUACGACGUGAAAAUCGCCGGCGACGAUGCCGCUAGCUGUGAAAACGAGUUGGCUUCCGGUGGGGUUAAAGUUCCGUCAAUUUCGACAAGAAACAGCGACGUAGCGUUAUACAGUAAUAUUGGGGAUGUGAUCACAAAUAAGCUUUGAGUUUUUUUUUUUUUUUUGGAAUAAGAUCAGAAAUUAGUGUCAUUUUCUUGGGAAAAUUUCCUUUAAAAAAAAAAAAAACUUCA